UCCUUCACUUCACUAACCAGUGGAGCAAAGCUAACUGUGCAAGAAACAAGUGGUUUUCGAGUUUCUUGCAACCAGGUUUUUCAUAAUGCAUACAAACACAAUGUUGGCUUUUUGGGUUGCUUUGGUCCUGCUGGUUGCUUGUGCUGGUCGUCAAGCCGAGGCACGAGCAUUCUUUGUUUUCGGAGAUUCGCUGGUGGACAAUGGCAACAAUGACUACUUGGUCACCACUGCCCGGGCCGACUCGUACCCUUAUGGGAUCGACUACCCGACUCACAUACCAACCGGACGGUUUUCUAAUGGCCUCAACAUACCAGACCUCAUCAGUGAGUCAAUUGGGUCAGAACCCACAUUGCCAUACUUGAGUCCUCACCUCACUGGACAAAACCUACUUGUUGGUGCCAACUUUGCUUCUGCUGGGAUUGGAAUCCUCAAUGACACUGGAUUCCAGUUUCUUAACAUAAUCAGAAUCACCAAGCAACUGGAGUACUUCGAACAAUACCAGACAAGGGUGAGUGCCCUAAUCGGACCUGAUCAGACUCAAAGCCUUGUGAACGGAGCCCUGGUCCUUAUAACCCUUGGUGGAAAUGACUUUGUGAACAACUACUACUUGGUUCCCUACUCUGCUAGGUCUCGCCAAUACUCUCUCCCAGACUACGUCGUCUACCUCAUCUCUGAGUAUCGCAAAAUCCUCAACAGGCUGUACGAACUGGGAGCCCGUCAAGUCCUGGUCACAGGCACAGGACCACUAGGCUGUGUCCCCGCCGAGCUUGCCAUGCAUAGCCGAAACGGGGAGUGCUCCGUCGAGCUCCAACGCGCUGCCUCGCUCUUCAACCCGCAGCUAGUCCAAAUGAUCAGCUCGCUCAACAGCGAUCUCGGGUCCAACGUCUUCAUUGCCGCAAACGCCUACCAAAUGCACAUGGAUUUCGUUAGUAACCCCGGCGCCUACGGGUUUGUAACAUCAAAGAUAGCCUGUUGUGGCCAAGGACCUUACAAUGGGAUCGGACUAUGCACACCCCUUUCGAACCUGUGCCCGAACCGAGACUUGUACGCGUUUUGGGAUCCGUUCCAUCCUUCGGAGAAGGCUAAUAGGAUCAUUGUGCAGCAAAUCCUGACCGGGACCGAAGAGUACAUGCACCCCAUGAACCUCAGUACUAUGUUGGCCUUGGACAACUCUAGGACUUAGUGCAACUAUAGCUAAAGGCAAGGGUUUUGCAUGGUUAUGAUGAAUUCAUAGUAUUUCCAAUCUAUGUAUCUUUGUUACUUGUAAUGCAUGUCAUUAUAUUACAUAUGUCAUGGAAACUGUAUUAUUGGAAGUUAUAUAACAAAUAAUUGGUUUGCUAAUCAAA